CUAGAAAAUAAAUCACAAAUUUUAGAAUUUAUUCUUCUGGGAUUUUCAGAAGAUCCAGAACUGCAACCCCUCAUCUUUGUGAUCUUCCUGUCCAUGUACCUGAUCACCGUGCUGGGGAACCUGCUCAUCAUCCUGGCUGUCAUCUCCGACACCCACCUCCACACGCCCAUGUACUUCUUCCUGUCCAAUCUGUCCUUCGUGGACAUCUGCUUCACCUCCACCACCGUCCUCAAGAUGCUGGUGAACAUCCAGAAAGAGUGUAAAGUCAUCACCUAUGAAGGCUGCAUCACCCAGAUGUAUUUCGUCAUCAUCUUUGUCUUGUUGGAUGAUAUUCUCCUGACGGUGAUGGCCUAUGAUCGCUUUGUGGCUAUCUGCCACCCCCUGCAUUACACAGUCAUCAUGAGUCCCCGACUCUGUGGACUCUUGGUUCUGGAAUCCUGGAUCAUAAGUAUCCUGACAUCCUUAUUACAGAGUUUAAUGGUGUUGCAAUUGUCCUUCUGCCAAGACUUGGAAAUCCCCAACUUCCUGUGUGAGCUCAAGGAGAUGGUCCAGCUUGCGUGUUCCGACACCUUUUCAACAAAUGUGGUGAUGUAUUUUUCAGUUGUUCUGCUGGGUGGUGGUCCCUUGGCUGGGAUCCUUUACUCUUACUCUAAGAUUGUUUCCUCUAUCCGUAGAAUCACAUCGGCACAGGGUAAAUAUAAAGCCUUCUCCACCUGUGCAUCUCACCUAUCCGUUGUCUCUUUAUUUUACUGUACCACUCUGGGAAUGUAUCUAAGCUCUGCUGUGACUCACAGCUCAAAGAUAACUUCCAUAGCCUCUGUGAUGUACAUGGUGGUCACCCCCAUGUUGAACCCCUUCAUCUAUAGUCUGAGAAACAAGGACAUAAAGAGGGCUCUGAAAACGUUUUUCCUGAAGGGAACUGCAAAAGGGCAAUUGAUCUAG